GGUUGCCUUAACUGCUCAUGACACACUUUCUUCCAAAACACUGGCCGCUAACGACGGUCACACAACAACAAAUCCCGCAGCCAGACGUUGUAAACAAAAAUUCAAGCUGCAUCUUUGAACGUCUGCAGCAUCUGCAAAAGUAACUUGGAAUUCAUUCGGAAAUACAGAAUGUAUUUCUUUUAUGUUUUUUAAAAAACCAAACUGAAUGCUUGAACAUGUUGGAAAUGCUCUGGUGCCUCUAUUGGUGUUUGCUGCGGUGCCGUCUGCACCUGACUCAUCACUCCUAUCCGAUGAACUAAGCGACUCCCCAAGAUACAUGCACAUGCCAUCACUCAUGGAAGAUGAGGCUGUGGAACGCUCUGAUUCAUUUUACAGACCAGCCAUGACAGCUCAAGAAAAAGAAGCUUUUUAUAAACCAAUUGCUAGGCCAUCAGCAAGAGAUGCAAAGAAAUCAAACAAAUCACAUGUGCGUUGUAGCAGUACUGAUACUGUACUAGAGCAUAGCCAUGGCAAUAGAGUCAGCAGACCACAUAGGAAGAAAAACAGUAACAGAAGUAAAAGUGAAUCUUGUAAGCAUGCUUGCAGACAUCGCAGGGCUAAGUCAGAACAUGUCAUUGACAAAAACUUACAGGACAAUAAGUGGUCCAAAACUGUGCCUUCAAAUGAAGUCAGUAUCCAAGAUGCAUCUCAUGCCUCCCAACCAGAUAGAAGUGUUGCCACUGAUUCAGGAUAUCAUCAAACUAUUACAGAUGAUACCUCAGCACUGAGGCAGCACUGGGCUGAGUUGCAAUCCAUGAAAAUCAAAUGCGAACAUCUUGAGUCUGAGCGUAAUGCUCUUCAGGAUGCCCUAGCCGAUGCUCUCAGUCAGCUUCAAGAGAAACAAGCUGGAAAUGCUGAAGUUUGUUCCUUACGCAAGCAAAAUAGCCAACUUGAAGAAGAUGUUCUGCUUUUGAAGAGCACUGUCUAUAGGCUUAAUGCAGAACUUGAAAAGUAUCAAAAUCGCCUUAGGGCUCUGCGGAAAGCGCAUGAAGCAGCAGGACAUGUUGUUUCUAAGCUUGAUGCAUCUGAAACUGAAGUUAAACCCACUCCAAUGGCAUCAAAUAUGCUUGGUCCUUUGCUGGAGGCUUAUCAAGAAACCAUUUUGGAAAAAGAAUCAGCCCUAGAAUUGUCCAAUCGUGAACUUUCAACUUCUACUCAGCAAUGUCAGAGUGCAAAGCAGGAAGUUAGAGAAUUAAAGAGAAGGCUGGAGAGUUCUACGCAAGUUAAGAAUGAAGAACUGUCAGACCUACAGGAGAAACUGGAAGAAGCUCAAACCAGAAGUGAUUCACUUCUUCAAAAUCUUGAGUCUGAAAGGUCAAGGCUUCAAGAAAUACAACGCCAGCAUCAGCAAGAAGUGUCACUUUUGGAUGGAAGAGCUAGAGGACUGGAAGCUAAGCUUAAUGAAUGCCAUACUGAACUACUGACCUUACGAGGGCGUUACAGUGUUCUCUCUGAACAGUUUGAGAGAUUGCAGCAAGGGGCAGAUCGCUUGAUUCCCCUCUCUGUUCACAAUUCUGCAGUUAAUGAAUGCAAAAGAUUGUUUGAAGAACUUAAAUCACAGUAUGAACAGGAAAGGGAGCGAUUUGCUCGCAAAGUUGCAGCUUUAGAAACUGACAAGCCUCGUCUGGAAGCUGCCCUUGAGACCCAUACUGCCAAUCACUCUUCAUUGGAGGCCAGUAAUCGGGCCUUAGAGAAACUUUUGAGGCAUUGUCAGCAAAAAAAUGAGGAUUUAUGUGCUCGUCUGGUGUCAGCUCAUGUAUCACGGGACUCAGCCAAAAGGCAACUUCAGAGGUCGCUUACCAUGGUAAAAGAACUUGUGACUGAGCAGGAAAGGUUAGUACGCGCACUGCAAGAGAGACAGGAAGAAAGUCAUUCAGUAGCAAGGCUUGGGAGCACUCUUGUGACUCGGGUGGGCUCCCUCAAAGCCCAGCUGGAAACUGUGCAACGAGGAGCAUAUGAAGAACUUGGUGCUGUAGAAAAAAUAAUGAGGGAACGUGCAGAGGGUGUAGCCAGGACAGAGCAUUUAUACCAACAAGAGGUGCAACAGCUUAGAGGAAUUCUUCGGCAAAAAGAACAGUUCAUUGCACGUUUACAGCGAGACAAGUGCAAAACGGAAGAGAGUCUAGAGAUUGUUUGGCAGGCAGCAACAUCUGAAAAACCAGCAUUAAAAGAACGCUUAAACACUGAUGCAAAUCUUGUUGCAAACUCAGCUCUUGAUAUAUCAGAGUAAACAUUUUUGACCUUUUGUAAAUCAAUUAAGGGACUAAAUAGUCCUGUCUCCAGAUCGUCCUUUUUUAAAAUACAAUUUUUAGCUUGUUGUUAUAAUUCUAGUCCACAAAUAGUACAAAUUUGGGUUUAACUCUAGUUUUGACAUAGCACAGUAUGUGAUUCAAAGUCAUUGUAUCUAGUCAUUUUCAUUAGCAUGUUUCUACUUAUGUCUGUAUACAGGGUGGCCCAGGCCCCUGGGACCCCUGAACAUUUUGUGCACAUAGUGUCCCGCAUCAGACGACAAAGCGGAGGAGCAGAUUUGCCCACCUAUUCGGAUGGCGCGACGCCUUACGGCCCCAAACGAGUAGGCAAUCCAUUCUGCAUGCAGUACAGUACAAACACAAAAUGUGCCGGGAUCCGCAACCCAUCCUGUGUAUAAUGUGUACAUAACUUUUCUCAUAGUAUUAUUUUUCUUUUCAAAUGAAGUUUUGAUGUUAGUGUGCUUGUAAAUAUUUGUUUUGCCAUGUAUCACAUUUAUCACAAUUCACCUUGUUCUUAUUUUUAUGAAAAAUGUGUAGUGACAAUAUAAUGAUCAAGAUGUAGAAGUUUAGAUGCCUUGUAAUGUCUUCAUUACACUUCUAAUCUCAAUCAUGGGUAGUUCGGUUGUUUCUUGCUAGGUUUCAAAUGGAAUUUUUACAUUAUUAUAUCUCUACCAUAAUGGUACAAAUCUUAAAAUUCUAUAUUUAUAUCUUUGCUGGGCAAAGAUAUUAAUUAUCAGAGGAUGAACAGAAUCAAAGCAUUUUAAAAUAAAGUCCUUUCUCUAGAUCAUUGUGUGAUUGAAAACUAGUCUGUGGUGAUACUGUACGUAAUUUUUUAUGUACAGUGUGGAACAUUUUCAAAUUCAGAAGUGCUGUAUUAAUGUCUGUAUUUUUUGUAGUGUUCCUUUAGCCAUAUUUUAAAAGAUGACAGCAAUAAAAUUGCAGUUCAAAAUAAACA